UCGUUGCAGGACAACCCCCACCCCCACCCCCACCCCGCCGCGCCCCUGGAAGGAUCUGGGUCGAGCUGAGUCUCUGAGGAGAGAUGUAAGGGCUAGAAAUCACCAGAACAAAGCUCGGCCUGGGGGUGCAUCCGUUGGGUAUCCCUGUACUUUCUUCAGGAGCGGGUCUCCACGCUGUGCUAGCGGAUCCCAGGCACCCUGCCUGCAGUGGCCAUCCUCUCUUUGCACCCUCGCUUCUCCGCCAGUGAGGUCAAGAGGAGUAGCAGGCUUUGUCCUCCCUCCACGGGGUAAGGGGCGUGGAAAACAUAGGCGGCCUGGUUGUGAGCCAAGGCAAGGGGAUUCUUUUUCCCCCUGCCGCCCCCCCCGCCCCCCGCUAUUGUUAUUAUUGGUGAUAUACUCAUUCAUCGCGGCCUCCCCUCCCAGCUCUCAAGCUGUCACUGCCUGCGUGCCACCAGCCUCUCCAGCCCCUAGCACGUAGGAAGCAGCCCCCUACAGGCCUGCGCGCUCCCCCUCCUGGCGAGCCUUUUCUUCCGGCUGGGAGUGAGGGAGCAGGCCGGGAGGAGGUUAGAAGAAGGCUUUAGAUCUGGUCUUGAUCAGUGGGGACUAGGGACGCUUGGCACUGGGUUGGCCACCGCAGGACAGUAGUGGGAACCCGGCACAGUAGCGCUGCAGCAGUUGCACUUGCGAGGUCCCUGCUCUCCCGGUUCUCCUCCACCUGCACCUUUGUCACCUUCAGGGUGCUUCGGAGCCUCAAAGAGGGGGCAGUGGGAACUCUCCUGGCUCCUCAGAGCCUGAACUCCAAGAGGGCAUCAUGUGCUGCAUGAAUCUCAUACUCACAGUAUUCGAAAGGAAAGCACCGCAGAUGCCACCUUUGGUGACAAUGUACUCGCAUCCUGUGAGCCACUGUUAACUGAAGAUGAGAAAAAAGCCGACGUGAAGUUGUGACAAGGAUCCCAUUUGUCAACUCUCAAGCUUUUUUAGAAUCCUGUGAACAUUUGCCAAAGGUGUUUUUUUUUUUUUUUUUUUUUUUUUUUUAAAGAGAGGGUUGCGGCUUCUUCCUAGGAACAGAGACAUCUGCAUUUGCUCUCAUGCCUAACGCCACUGAAGCUGGAAAAGCCACUGAUCCUGGACAUGGUGAGCACACAUCUGAGAACAAGUCACCAGAAGAGGGUCUACAAGGUGCUGUACCAUCUUUCUACACAAGUGCCUCAGAAGCACCCAUAGCGCCCAGAGGAGAUGGGCAUUACCCAUCAAGUUGUCCAGUGACUCACACUCGAGAGAAAAUUUAUGCCAUCUGCUCAGAUUACGCCUUCCUCAACCAGGCAACAUCAGUCUACAAAACUCCUAGCCUAGCCCGCUCUGCUUGCCUCCCUGAUAACACCUCUCUUUCUGCUGGAAAUACUACAAGAUAUAUUGGAAUUUCAACUAGUACAUCAGAAAUAAUCUAUAAUGAAGAAAAUAACUUGGAAAACUUAUCCACUGGCAUGGGCAAGCUACCUCUUGCAUGGGAAAUUGAUAAAUCUGAAUUUGAUGGGGUGACUACAAAUUUGAUACAUAAGUCAGGCAAUGUAAAGAAACAAUUUUCCAAGAAGAAAACAUCAGAUAAAAAAUGGCGGCAUCAGAGGGAGUGUCUCCACUAUUCUCCUCUUGAUGAUGUUAAACAACGCAAAGUGUUAGACCUUAGGCGAUGGUACUGCAUAAGCCGACCACAGUACAAGACUUCAUGUGGUAUCUCCUCAUUGAUUUCUUGUUGGAAUUUCUUAUACAGCAUAAUGGGAGCUGGGAAUCUCCCACCUAUUACCCAAGAAGAGGCAUUACAUAUUUUGGGCUUUCAACCCCCAUUUGAAGAUAUUAGGUUUGGCCCUUUCACUGGAAAUACAACACUCAUGAGAUGGUUUAGACAAAUUAAUGACCACUUUCAUGUGAAAGGAUGCUCUUACGUUCUAUAUAAGCCCCAUGGGAAGAACAAAACAGCUGGAGAAACUGCUCCAGGGGCCUUAUCAAAGUUGACCCGAGGAUUGAAAGAUGAGUCACUGGCUUAUAUCUAUCAUUGCCAAAAUCAUUAUUUCUGUCCAAUUGGCUUUGAAGCAACCCCUGUGAAAGCUAAUAAAGCAUUCAGCAGGGGGCCCCUCUCUUCACAAGAAGUAGAAUACUGGAUUUUAAUUGGAGAGUCAAGUAGAAAACAUCCUGCCAUUCACUGUAAAAGAUGGGCAGAUAUUGUCACUGAUCUAAACACUCAAAAUCCAGAAUUCUUAGAUAUCCGACAUCUAGAGAGGGGGCUGCAGUUCCGGAAAACAAAGAAGGUUGGAGGAAAUUUGCAUUGCAUCAUCGCAUUCCAGAGACUCAGUUGGCAGAGAUUUGGCUUUUGGAACUUUCCAUUUGGAACCAUUACACAAGAAUCACAACAUCCCACACAUGUCCCUGGAAUUGCCAAAUCUGAGAGUGAGGACAAUAUCUCUAAGAAGCAGCAUGGGCGCCUGGGCAGGUCCUUCAGUGCAAGUUUCCAUCAGGACUCAGCAUGGAAGAAUAUGUCUAGCAUCCACGAGAGAAGGAACAGUGGCUACCACAGCUUUAGAGAUUAUAAUGGCAAUGACUGACCAUGCCAAAACUUAGCCACUGGGGUCACCCACACAGCUGUUAUGUACAGGACUGCAUUAGGACAUCAGCUGGUUUUAUUAAGUCUGUCAAUAGGAACAGAUUUUGUGGUACAAAAUAUACCCUGUAGUUCUUUAGUAAAAAAAAGCCUACAUAGGAUUACUAUGGUUGGCUUCAAAUAUACAGGCAGGUAAGCACAGAAUUCCGCCCUUCUAAAGUUAAAAGUAGUAAGCAAUCUGGACAAAGGGUUUCACAAAAUCCAAUACAAUCAAAAUGGCUUCAAAGCAAAAACACAAAUGCAUUUAACAGCAUCAAAACUUGAACUACUUAAGCAUGAAGCGAUUUAUUGAUACUUGAUCCCUAGUCAUUUAUUACAAUACUUUAAUUCCUAAGGCAUCAUCUGUCCUUAAAAAAUGGGGGCAGUCAAGGUGUAGUUUUUGCUCAUGGUUAAAACUAAUUUAAAAUUAUCUUUCUAGUCUAGUUGUUCUUUCAGUGCUAACAGUACCCACCUCCCAUCGUUGCUUUCCUGAAUAACUCUCAGGAUUCUCCAAAAAGCAGCAGAAACUACUCCAGACACUGACCUUUUCUCUAGGUGCAGAUGGGUGACUUAGGUCAUUGAUUCUGAUAUUCUUGACUUGGCAUGUGGUUGUGAAAUAGCUACAAGAAGAAUAUAGGUCUGGAGCGAAGUCUGAUAUUCUAGAACAAACCUUGUUUCAGGGAUAUAGUUAGAGAGCACUUGGCAUCCAAAGUUUCUAUAUCCACGGUAACAUGUGCUGUGACUUGUCUCUUCAUGGAGUCAUGUGUUAACAAUAGCACUGACGACAUGUUGGCAACGUCCAGCUCACUCUGAGGAAGACUUUGUAUUUUCAACCCUGAGCCGUUUCCUUUUGUGAAACAUCCAAGCAAUUAGGUGUUUGAAGUGUGAGUUACAUAUUCUGGAAGUGUGAAUUCAAUACUUGAGCUCCUCUUCAGCGGCUGUUUUCCUUUUGCUGCCAAGGUGUGACUCAUAGCCGUCUGUGAUGCUGUUCUUUCACAUCGUACGUUCAUUCCAGGAUUCAAAUCAGUAACUUGGUGAUUACAAGGUGCUGAGUAUGUUGGAACCAUUGCAAUACACCUCAAAGGGAGGUUUCAGAUUUUGACUUUUUAAAAAAAAAUUUCAUUUUUCUCUUGAAUUUCAUAUCAUCUAUCCACUCAUAUAUGUUUAGCCUACAGAAUUACAAACUAGUCCUGUUUCUAAGGAGAUUAUUUAGCUUGACAUGUAAAGGACUGAAAGAUUUGUAGGUGUUGAUUUUGUUACUUCACACUGGAACUUUGAAAAUGUUUUCAUCAAAUAAAGUUUUGUUUUCUACUUUUAA